AUGACAAGAUCGGCUCAACUCGAGCCUAUCGUCGUGGAUCAGGCUGCUCUCGGCACAAAUCAAGCUGCUACAUCGCCAUCCGCAGCAUCUCGGCAUGUCGUUAGCGCACACUCGCCGAGCGCUGCAAUGGAUGCAGUCACCGCUGCUGCUACAGCAGGUGCCUUGCCGGCUGCCAAUGGACUCCCCGAUGAUCCGGCGGAUGCGUCGGCCAUCUCGAGCCUUUUCCCUCAUCCACCAGCUCCUGAACCAGCUGCAGCAUCCUUAGCAUCUGGCUCUGUGCCUGUUUCGCCUCAUCCGACCUCACCACCACGAACGCCUGCUGCUGCCGCGAGCCUCCGUUCAGCUGUGUCACCCUCUUCGCUGCUCGCAUCGCCGGCAUCUGAGCGCGGUAAUCCCAUGUCUCAAGGAGUCCACCCAUCACAUCUGGUACAUAGCCUCCACCAACAGCACCAACAGCACCAACAGCACCAACAGCACCAACAGCACCAACAGCACCAACAGAACCAACAGAACCAACAGCACCAGUUCGCUGGCUCUUCUGACGCUAUUCCCAGCGGCAGCGGCUUCCGUUCGCCUGUUCGGACUCGACAGCAUGGUGCUGCCUCUCCCCUCGCUCUUGCUGGCACUUCUCCACCUAGCGCAUGGCACCAGCAUCACUCUGAACUCCAUGCUCCCAACACUCCUCAUACACCCCAUACACCCCAUACACCUCAAACCCCCAGCAUCUUUGAACGUGACAUCGAGCACCGCGAUGCCAGCCACAUCAUGACCAAGCAGGAGGCGAUGGAUGUUGCUAUUCCAAAUGUACUCGAUGAUGCAGUCGAGGCCAUCAUUGAGGACGACGCCGAGAUUGAAGUGGUCGCUCCUCAAAAUCCAGCCCCGCCUUUGCCACUCACAUCUGCUGCUCUCUCUGUUCACAGCGGUGCCAGCUCACCCUCGCCUGGUCUUGCCUCUUCGCCUUCGCCUCCCCUGUCUGCUUCCGGCGGUCUCGAAGCACCUCCUGGCUCCAUGGCUGCUCAGAUUGCUGAGAAGCUCGGAUCGCGUGGCAACGACGAUGCCGCCAACCCUUCACGACGCUCGACCGGCGGUCCACGUCAUCCCGGCUCUGAUGUCGACAGUGCAGGUGCCUCGAUGCGUUCACGCUCACCUCAGGCAGGCAGAAUGCAAGACCUUGCCGACGGCGGGAGCCCUGUCCGUUCGCGGGCUUCUGCUUCCCCAGCUCCUGGCAUGCCGCCUGUCUCCCUCGUAGCAGCCGUCUCUCAGGCUCAAGCUACCUCGCCCAUAUCAGGGGCAUCGUUGAGCGCUCACUCUCCCAUGCCGACAGCCACUGCCUUCCCAUCGCUGCCUCUACCCAACCCUUAUCGAUCCAGCUCACCCAAUCUCUCCGCCAUGGCUCUCCCAUCCCUUGCUACAGCUGAUGCCGGACGCCCCGCCACAUCGAGCGUCAGCAUCGACGGCGCCAUCAUCUCUGGAACGGAGGUCGCCACUCUGGACCACAGCCUCGAUACCAUCGCAGACGCGCUUGCUGCUCACGACGCUGAACAAGCAGCAAGCCCUUACGUUCCGCGAUCCCCUGCCCCACCUUCAGUCUCGGGCGCGAGCAGCCCUUUUGUCGACCGGAGUCGCAGUGCUGCUGGCUCUGCUAUUCGACAGCCUCAACAACAUCCCGGCGUGGGAGCUAUUGCUACAGGAACGAACAGAGCUGCACCUCCCGGUACUCUCAGAUUGCCUACCAACACUAGCGGUCUUGGUGUCUUCAACACUGGAGAAUCGCUCUUUCAAGCACUAGCUUCAGGCUCGCCAUCUCCAUCAGCUGAUAAGCGCCGUCUCUCCUUCUUCUCCUAUGCCGACAUCCUCAACGAGAACAAGGGCGAGGUCAUGGAUCUGCAGGGAGUUGUACGCCACGCCGCGGAGAGAGACGAGCAGCAGCAUGGGAUUUUCCACCCUCAGGCUCACGCUCAACAAGAAUACGAGGCUUUCUCAUCGCAGCCGUCCAUCAUGCAGCAACUGGGAGGAGCAGGCAUGUCAAGGUCGGUCAGUACGAGCGCUGCUGCUAGCCCUCGACUGGGUGCUGCUGGGGUCAGGUCUACAAGCGGCAGUCAGGUCGCCAAUUUCAACGCCGGCAGCGGAGCGUACACCACAGCACGAGGCCGUCGAGACAACGACCUCGAGAACAGGGCUCUGUCCAAUCGACUCGACAGCCUUCAUCUGGCAACGUCAGCUGCGGCAGAGGCCAAGUUGCGAAAAGCCUAG